UGUAAUUUAAUAAAUAUCUAUUAUAUAUAAUAAUAACAUUGUUUUGUGUUAAAUAAUUUACAAUUUUAUUAAAUAAAUAUUAAUAUUGAUAUUUGUUAAUAAUAAAAUGUCAUUCUUUAAUAAAUUAAAAAAAAUUAUUAGCGGAGGUGAAGAUUCAAAUAACCCAUCCACCUCUGGUAAUAGUAACACCACCUCUACCACCACCACAACUACAACAACAGAUAGCAAACAUAAUGAAUAUGAAAAAAAUAUUUUCGUCAAUGGUAUAAGUGGCAAUAAAAAUGUAACCUCAGUUGCCUUUGACAAUGUAUUAUUUUUAUGUGCUGUAGGUUUUAAUGAUGGCACCUUUAAAAUAUUUGGUAAAAAUGGAUAUGAAAUAGUAAUUAAAGGACAUACAAAUAAUCCAAUCAAAAAAUUAAUAUUUAUUACAAACUCACCAUAUAUUAUUGCAUUAACACAUUCAGUCAUUGAAAAAUGGGACUAUAGCACACAAACUUUAAACAAUGUUUUAAUUUAUAAAACUAGAAUUACUGCAGUUUAUUUUGCCACAGGACUAAAACAUUUAUUUUUUUCAACUGAAGACUCUAUUAUUCAAAUCUACAAUGUACAGAACAACCAUUUAUCAAACUAUCAAAUUUAUUUACCACCAUCACAAGACAAUCCAAAUGAACCUGUAUUAGAUCAAAAAACUAGCUCAAUAUUUCCAUCAUGCAUCAAAAUCUGCCCAUAUAAUCCUGUUUUAAUGUUGAUCGGUUAUUCAAAUGGUCUAGUUAUAGUGAUGAAUAUCGAAAUUAAAAGAAUUGAAAAACGUUACGACUCUUUCACUCAGAAUGGUUAUUGCACCUCAUUAUCAUGGUCCAGAAAAGGUACAAAGUUUGUAUGUGGCUUUUUAAAUGGUGAGAUCUAUUAUGUUAACUAUCCAAAGGGCACUCCCGUAUGUAUUUAUAAAACUCCAUCGACCAGCAAUGAAAAAAUGCCAUAUGUUAAACCAAUUGAUGGUUUGGAAAUAAUCUAUACUAUUUCUGCCGCAGCUGCCUCCACACACUCUUCAUCGACCUCAUCAAACAAUCUUCUGCCAUCUAGAAAAUUUAUUCUUUUUAGAGGAACUUUUAAUGAUGAUCAGAAAUCAUUAAUGAUGAUCAAAGGUGAUAAAUUAAACGAUCCUGACCAUCUUUCAACUAUUCAAAUUGCUUCAAAUGUCACAUCUUUCCAUGCAGUUACCUCCUCACCAUACUAUGAUAACAAUGGUAAUUUACUAUCAAUUUUAGCAGUUCAGCACGAUAAUCUUAUUGAAUAUGUGUGGGAUCCAAAGUCUUUCCUUUUCACUGGUGCUCCAAUACCCUCAAUUUAUUUUAAAUCAUUCAAAAACAUUCCAGAUGUAUCAAUUAUGAAGAGCUAUCCAUGUAGUGCGGAAACAAUUAACUUGAUCUCUCAAUUAGCCCAAUAUGCUCCAAACUAUUCGUCUUGUAUCAAUGGUGGCUCUCAAAUUUUAGACUUUUCAAAACAAACCGCUGUUCCUCCAAAAAGUUGCCAAUUGCUAAUUACAGCUGAAAAAAAUAAUCAAAUUAAAUUUUGGAACUCGACAGACCCAAAGAAUACUGUGUAUUUAGGUGGCUUUAAUAUCAAAGAUACAUCAGAUGGACUAAACACUAGUGGAGGUGAUAAUUCAUUAAAUUGUGAAAUUACAACACUCUCUUUUAAUGCAUCAACUUUAUUAUUAACUAUAUCUAUCAAUAACCUAUCAACUAAUGAUAGCUCUUUGUUAAUAUACCAUAUCUCCGACUACCCAAAAAAAAUUAAAACUGCAUUUUAUUUAGCAAGUAAAACAUCACAACAGCAACAACAAGAUGAAAAACAAGGUGAAAAACAACAAGAUGAAAAACAACAAGAUGAAAAGCAACAAGAUGAAAAACAAGAGCCAUCAUCACAUGCCAAAAUAUAUAAUCCAGUAAUUAAAUUUAUGGGUGAAAUUAAAUUUAAUGGUGAAACUGUAACCUCAAUUGCAAUGAACUCAUAUAAAACAAGCUAUUCAACUAGAAUCUUACUUGGAACAAGCAGCUCAGUAGUCUAUCACUUUAUUGUUUCUAUAACGAAUAAUAUGGACCACAGUGAAAAUUCUGCCCCAUCGAACUAUGUGCUUUAUUCUUUAUCAAUUGUUGACCUUGGCUCAACAGAACAACUAUCACCAAAUAUGUUUACCUUAUCAUCUCCACAAAAACCAUCCCCAUCACAACAAUUACCAGAAGAAACACCAUCAUCAAUCACAUCGAUUUCAUUUUGUUUUUACCCAAUUCGUGAAAAUGAUAUAGAUUCAAGUAUUGUUUAUCUAGGAAAUAGCGAUGGUUAUAUUUUCGUUUUAGAUUUACAAACUAUGAAGAUCAACACCCUUUUUAAACAAAACGUAACAUGUCCAGUAGAAUCCAUUCAAUUCCUAAACAAAAAAGGUGAACCAAUUUCAUAUCUUUUCUUUGGCUCGAUCUAUCAUGACGAUGCUGAGGACCACGAAUUGCUCUCAAGUCUAUCAAAUCUUUCUUUAAGUGGGAAUAGUACCGGAGAUGAAUUUAAACCAAACAUUGAUGACAUUUUAGUACUCAUCUCAAGCCGUAAAGAAAUUUCAUUGUACAGUAUUGCCUUUGGGCCACAAAAAUCAAUUCAAAAUAAAAGAAUUUCAAAACAUGAAUACAAAAAUCAUCCAUUAAUCGGUGAUGGUGCCUAUUUAACAACCUUCCCAUCUGAUAAUAAUAAUCCAGCUAUUAUGACAUUAGACAAUAGAGGCCACAUCGAAAUUUAUAACCCAGCCAAUUUAGAAAAAAUUUCAAACUUUUCAAUUUCAUCAAUCAUUAAUACCAAUAAUAUCCUAUCAUCCCAGUCAUUAAAUAUCAAAUUUUCAGUUUCAAAAUUUAAUUGUAAUUCCUUUAUUUAUUUAUAUGAUAAUAAUCAAAAGCCAAUACUAUAUUGUUUAUGUUUAAAUAAGAAUGAAUUAAACCAAUUCCCAUCAUUAUUUGUUGAUAAUGUGCCAAUGCCACCACAAGUUAAAAAACAAAGUGUAUUAAGAAAGCUAUUCUCCUCAACAAUGUCACCAGAGGACCAAAUUCAAGUUUUAGAUGAUAAAUUCCAAGAAGGAGUUGAAAUUCCAAAUCCAAACUACAGAAAAGCCAAUAGUGCAGGAAAUAGACAAGUUAUGGAGGUUGCACAUAUAUUACAAGAGACUAAAGAAAAACUCGAACGUCGUGGCCAAGUUAUUUCCGAUAUUGCUGUAAAAAGCGAGGAGAUGGAAAACAAUGCUAAAAAUUUUGCUGCUCUUACUCGUCAAUUAGCAAAAAAAUAAUUUUUAAAUUAAAAACAUAUAAUUUUAUAAAUAAAAUCAAAAAAUGUAAAUUCUACACCAAAAUAAACAAAUUUCUACUAAGAAAAAAUCUUUUUUU